AUGAGAAUUGGUUGUCUGCAGUUCGCUCCCCAAGUGGGCGAUGUCGACAAUAACCUCAACCGCGCCGACUCCGUCCUGAGCAAGGCGAACCCCGACGGCCUUGAUCUUCUUGUACUGCCUGAGCUGGCUUUCUCAGGGUAUAACUUCAAGUCGUUGCAACACAUUUCGCCCUUUCUCGAGCACUCCGGCUCCGGUAUCACCUCUCUUUGGGCGCGAACCACGGCGCUCAAGUACAACUGCAACGUUGUUGUUGGCUACCCGGAAAAGGUCGACGUCUCCGACAACUGGCCUACUAGUCCUGAGUACUACAACUCAGCCAUCGUCGUCAAUGAAGAUGGCGAGACGAUAGCCAAUUACAGGAAAACCUUCCUGUAUUACACGGAUGAAACGUGGGCUCUGGAGGGUCAGGGCUUCUUUGAUGGCCCAAUCCCCGGGGUUGGAAAUGCCUCCAUGGGCAUAUGCAUGGAUCUGAAUCCGUACAGAUUCGAAGCCCCGUGGCACGACUUUGAAUUCGCAUUCCAUGUGCUCGAGUGCGAGUCGAACGUGGUGAUUUUGUCCAUGGCAUGGAUGACUCGUGAAGACGGCCGCAUGUUUAGCCGCAUGCCCAAUGAACCCGACUUAGACACGCUGACCUACUGGCUUACUCGCCUGGAACCUAUCAUCCGGGCAGAAAACGGUGACGAAGUCAUCGUCAUUUUCUGCAAUAGAACUGGGAUCGAAGACGACGCUGUCUACGCCGGUACGAGUGCCGUGGUUGGUAUACAGGACGGGGAGGUCAAGAUAUACGGCUUGCUCGGUCGGGGCGAGAAGGAGCUCCUGGUUGUCGACACCACCAACCCGCCCUACGCGAAACUUGCUCAUCGUCCAGAGCCCAACCGUCCGUCUGUUCUACACGGCGAGUUGCAGAUGAUGAAUCCAUCUCCAGCGUCCAGCACACCCACAGGAUCGGGGGGCUCUCAGUCGUCUCAACCCAAACCAUCGCAACAAAACAACGAGGCACGUACACCAACCGAUGCGAAGAAAUCGCCAGGGAAGCCGCAAUCUUCAGCGAACUCGUCCAAAGACUCCGUGGCGUCGAGGCGUGUCAGGCCAUCGCCUCAGAUCCAGAUCCCGCCGCUACAAGACUCUUCGAGUCUGGACAGCCCAAGUCUCCCUACUCCCACCGCGCCUAGUCCUACUCCGCUGUCAAUGAGGCCCCGACUCAUCAUCCCGCAAUCCCCGUCAUCUCAGAUCUGGCCAUCUUCCAGCCCGGUACCCCAAAGCACUCAGUCCACGCACUCGGUCCGGUCGAUACUGUCCAACCAGUCUGUCACGUCCAACGGAAGGGCGCCCGCAGACAGCACGCCCUAUCCAGACAGCGCUCAUCCUCUAAGCGGGUAUCCUAGAUUCCCAGAGAAGAUGAUUAUUGACGGCCAGGUUGUCAUUGCGCAAGGGCCUUUCAGCCCGCUCACUUCGGCUGGCAGCGAGUCCCCUGCCUCGCCACGUUACUUCUGGCGCCCUUCUGACACUCUCUUGAAAACGCCCAUGGAGCCCCGCGGAUGGUCCGCAGCCCCAGAGAAUCCAAUGGUGAAGCAUGCUCCUUCACAGACGUACCAAAACCUUUCACUCUGGUCGCAGUACGACCCGGUGGCGCGCUCUCAUAGUUCCAACACCGUCCGUACCGCUAUCUCGGCAGUGACGGCGAAGAAAGAUGAUGCGGAACCAAAAAGGCAGAAGAAGCAAGACUCGUCGCGACAAAGGAAUCCCCAAGCACCGGAAUCGAGGAGCCCUAGCAAACCACAAGGCGGUGGCCCUGCGUUGUUCAAGAACGAAACCAGCAGUGCAAUUUCAAGCCAAGAGGUGGUCCCUGCCCGGCCUUCAUCGCCCAAGUCUCGCCAUGCCAGCCGCUCCAGGAUGCGCGAUCGGUCCGACUCGGCGCUUGCUCAUCGUGAGCAGGCUGCAGCCAUCUCCCAGCAUCUCGAGUCCAUCUCCAAGCGAGCCGAGUCGGUCAACAGAGAACGAGACGCGGCGAGGGCUUCCGAGGGAGCUCAGUCUGACCAGGCACCUGUAACAUUAUCUCGCAAUAACAGCAAAGCCCGCUCCGCCAGGAGACUAUCCUCAAUCCUGAUUGCGGCAAGCCCUAGUAUUCUCCCCAACGAAGCGGCUCGUCCAGCUUCCGCCGCAAUAAUGGAUGGUCCCACACUUCACCAGCCACGGUCCAUGUCUCGCCGGGGUCAUCGCGCAAGGAGCGAAUCCAUGUCCAAGGCGGGAAGAACCUCAUUGAGGGACACGCACACUCGCUCUGGAACUGCUGCUAACGAUGGGCCGGCCAUCAAUCGCCCUGCCUCUCGCGCGGCCAGCCGAGGCAGACAACCUGGGCCCAAGUUCUCUCCGCCCAAGAUGUCACCGAGUGAGGGGCCCAGAUCCGCUAGGGGAAUGUCCGCCGAUAUUGCCAGCUCCAAGAACAGGAAACGAAGUUCAGUCAUGCCCGGACCUUCCUUCACAUCGGCUGGCUAUGCGCCUGUAGGGUUCGAUAAGAUCGAGGCAGUUCUUCAUCCCGGCUGUCCAGUUCAUGGACGGCACUCGGCAAGUGGUUCUCGGAAUGUGGAAACUAACACGGUGAACGAUGGUCGCGAGCCAUCCGACUCGACUUUUAGAAGGUCCCUGUCGACCCCCGCUGCUGGUGCUGACAUCCACGACAUCUUUGGCUCGCUGGAAGGCAGCGUCUCGCAGAACCCGCGGUUCUCGACCAUUGGCGGCAACCAGCCAAGCGAUGUGACUUCGCUGUCUGAGACGGUGGAAACGGUUUCGACGACCAGCCGCUCACCGUCCACGCCCUAUUUCGAACCCAAGACGCCGACAGCGAUGGUGAUCAUUCGAGGCCUGGAAAAUGCAGCAUUUGGAACAUUUCACUCGGACAAGGAUGCCGUGACGGAAUUGAGGUGCGUGGAUAGAAGCAUAGGGGGCGUUUCUGGUGGUGCUCAGAGCGCGGCUGCUUAG